AGAAGGGUGCCGUGGACUCUCUCCUACCGGCCGGAGCGGGUGGGGGAAGGAGGAGGCAGCAGCAGCAGGGAGCCAGCCUGCGGGGGAGCCGCCUGUCUGCCCUGCGGUGUGUGCAGCGCCUAUGGGGCCCUGAAGAAGAAGAAGCCGCUCGCAGCACAGGAGGCCGUCGCUCAGGGCAGGAGGAUGGAGAACCAGGCGGCCCCUGGCGCCGGGGGCGAGGACACCCCGGGCUCCGGCAGGGCGAACCUCAAGCGCAGCGGGCGCGCCGCGGAGGAGGAGAACAGGAACAAGACCAAGUUGAACGUUCAAAUAAAAACUUUGGCAGAUGAUGUGCGUGACAGAUUAACAAGUUUUAGAAAAUCAGCUGUAAAAAAAGAGAAACCUCUCAUUCAGCACCCUGAUUCUCAAACCUCUAUGAGUGAAUUUCCAGUUGCCCAACCAUUGUUUGAUGAACGUUGUAUGAAUUUAUCAGAAAAAGAAGUUAUGGAUCUCUUUGAAAAAAUGAUGGAAGACAUGAAUUUAAAUGAAGAACGUAAAGCUCCUUUACGAAAUAAGGAUUUGACCACGAAACGUGAGAUGGUUGGCCAGUAUAUUUCUGCGACUGCCAAAUCUAUAAUUGGAAGUAAAGUUGCGGGAGGAUUGAAAAAUAGCAAGCAUGAGUGCACACUAUCUUCACAAGAAUAUGUCCAUGAAUUACGAUCUGGUAUCACAGAAGAAAAACUUCUUAACUGCCUAGAGUCUCUGAGAGUGUCUCUAACCAGCAAUCCAGUCAGCUGGGUCAACAAUUUUGGACAUGAAGGUCUUGGGCUUCUGUUGGAUGUACUGGAAAGGCUUCUGGACAAGAAACAGCAAGAAAGUAUUGACAAGAAGAAUCAACAUAAGCUUAUUCAGUGCCUCAAAGCAUUUAUGAAUAAUAAGUACGGAUUGCAAAGGACUCUAGGAGAUGAAAGAAGCCUUUUGUUACUAGCAAGAGCAAUUGAUCCAAAGCAACCAAACAUGAUGACGGAAACAGUAAAAAUACUUUCUGCCAUUUGUAUUGUUGGAGAGGAAAACAUUCUGGACAAACUUUUAGAAGCUAUAACGACUGCAGCUGAGAGAAAUAACAGAGAACGUUUUUCUCCAGUUGUGCAAGGAUUGGAGAACCAUGAAGCUUUGCAGUUGCAGGUGGCCUGCAUGCAGUUUAUAAAUGCCCUUGUCACUUCUCCAGAAGAUCUUGAUUUUAGGAUACACUUGAGAAAUGAAUUCCUACGCUGUGGACUGAAGAAAAUAUUGCCAGACCUAAAAGAGAAAGAAAAUGAAGAACUUGAUAUUCAGUUGAAAGUGUUUGAUGAAAACAAAGAAGAUGACUUAAUUGAAUUGUCACAUCGUCUCAAUGACAUCAGAGCUGAAAUGGAUGAUAUGAAUGAAGUAUACCAUCUGCUGUAUAACAUGCUGAAGGACACGGCUUCUGAAAACUAUUUCCUCUCAAUAUUGCAACACUUACUACUGGUCAGGAAUGACUAUUAUGUCCGAACUCAGUAUUACAAGAUAAUUGAAGAAUGCAUUUCACAGAUAGUACUGCACUGCAGUGGUAUGGACCCAGAUUUUAAAUGUAGAGGAAGAUUGGAUGUAGACUUUACCCACCUUAUUGAUGCAUGUGUGGACAAAGCAAAAGUAGAAGAAAGUGAACAAAAAGCAGCAGAAUUUUCCAAAAAGUUUGAUGAAGAAUUCACGGCUCGACAAGAGGCACAGGCUGAACUUCAGAAACGAGAGGAGAAGAUCAAAGAGCUUGAAACAGAAAUCCAACAGCUACGAACCCAGAGUCCAUUACUUUCAGCUGGUCAGCCUACAUCAGGGGCUCCUCCUUCAUCACCUCCACCGCCACCACCUCCAUUACCUGGUGGAAUCCUACCUCCACCUCCACCUCCACCUCCUUUGCCUGGAGGAGGUGUACCUCCACCACCGCCUCUUUUUGGUGGCCCUCCAUUACCACCGCCUCUCGGGGGCAUACCUCCUCCUCCAGGAGCUCCAGCAUCCCUGCCUUAUGGAAUGAAGGAAAAGAAAAAGUAUAAACCUGAGGUCUCUAUGAAGAGAAUCAAUUGGUCAAAGGUUGAACCCCAGGACAUAUUGGAAAACUGCUUUUGGUUAAAAGUUAGAGAGGAUAAAUUUGAAAAUCCAGAACUGUUCGCGAAAUUGGUGCGUACCUUUGGUACACAGAUGAAAGCUAAAAAGCCAGUAGAUGAUACAGAAGAAAAGAAAGUAGUUCUGCCAAAGAAACGAGUUAAAGAAUUAAGAAUCUUGGAUGGAAAAACAGCACAGAAUCUGUCAAUCUUUCUGGGAUCUUUCCGAAUGCCUUAUGAAGAAAUAAAAAAUAUUAUUUUAGAGGUGGAUGAAAAGAAGCUGAGUGAAUCCUUGAUUCAGAAUUUGGUGAAGAAUCUUCCUGAACAGAAGGAACUCAGUGCCUUAGCCCAGUUAAAGCAUGAAUAUGAUGAUCUCUGUGAGCCAGAACAGUUUGGAGUUGUGAUGAGCUCAGUGAAAAUGUUACGGUCUCGUCUCAAUGGCAUCCUUUUCAAGCUUAUGUUUGAAGAACACGUAAACAACAUCAGACCUGGCAUGAUGGCAGUAACUCUAGCCUGUGAGGAGCUGAAGAAGAGUGAGAGCUUUAAUAGGUUGUUAGAGCUAGUGUUGUUGGUUGGAAACUACAUGAAUUCAGGCUCAAGAAAUGCCCAGUCGCUGGGGUUUAACAUCAGCUUUCUUUGCAAGAUUAGAGAUACUAAAUCAUCAGAUCAAAAAACAACACUCUUGCAUUUUCUGGUUGAAAUCUGCGAAGAGAAUUAUCGGGACAUCUUAAAAUUCACAGAUGAACUGGAACACGUUGAGAGUGCAAGCAAAGUUUCAGCUCAAAGUCUCAAGAGCAACCUUGAUUCAAUGGAACUUCAGAUCCAUCGCCUAGAAAAUGAUAUUGAGAAGUUCCCUAAAACAGAAGAUGCACAUGAUAAAUUUGUGGAAAAGAUGACCAGCUUUACUAAGAGCGCCCAAGACCAGUAUGAAAAGUUGUCCAACAUGCAUAACAACAUGACAAAGUUAUAUGAGAAUUUGGGAGAGUACUUUACCUUUGAUCCCAAAGCAACAACUAUGGAGGAAUUUUUUGGUGAUCUAAGCAACUUCCGAACUAUGUUCUUGGAGGCACUGAAGGAAAACAACAAGAGGAGAGAAAUGGAGGAGAAGACCAAGAGAGCCAAGCUGGCAAAAGAGAAAGCUGAACGAGAGAGACUAGAGCGACAGCAGAAGAAGAAGCAGCUGAUUGAUAUGAACAAAGAGGGUGAUGAGACAGGAGUGAUGGAUAAUCUGUUGGAGGCCCUGCAGUCAGGGGCAGCCUUCAGGGAUCGCAGGAAACGAACACCAAGAAUGCAGGGACCAGUGAAGCUGGAUGAGAGUGCUGGAUGGUCCCACUGCUGCAGGGGAGAUAAAGGGAGCAGAGCGACUGUCCACUCCUCUCAAGAUACCCAGAUAACAGACGAGUAACUUUGGAAAGGUCACGUUCUCGCCACAAUGGAACUAUCACAGCUAUAUGAUUCCUCUGAAGCCAAAGAAUUGGAGAAUUGUUUUACUUACUUUAAAAUGCAGACCCACUGAAAAAAGUUAUACAUACAAACACCAGCAAUGAUCAGAAAUGAAAUUUAAAUGAAUUCUAGUGAAGAACACACCAGAAGAUAAAUACACAUUAUGUACUUUUAAGAGCUAUUGGGGGGAGGGGGAAAAAACCCCACUUACUGUACUUUAGUAACACAAUUAUCAGGAUUUGUAAACAGUGUUAAAAUAUAAGGUUCUAUGUUAUCUUGUUAUCUAAUGUGUUACUUGCCAUUUUUAAGGUGGCAAUUAUCUGAAGGGAGUUGAGACUUCUAGGAAAUGUUCUAUAUGGAGCAGAAUUAGAAAAUAGAGACUUGCUGAAAAAAUGCAGCAACGAACAAGAUCAGGUCACAGACGGGAGACAUGCUUCCAUUUGUGGUUCCCAUUUGGACAUGAAAGGAAAAAGGAACAAAAAUUUGCAUAUUAAUGAAUUCAGAUAUGAGCUGAUAUUGCACACAUCAUAGGAGACCCAUUGUGUAAGCAUGAGAAAGCAGUGUAUAGCCCCAAUCAAGUUACUUAGAAUCUUAUCUCAAGUUAAAUCUUGAUGGAUUUAGCUAUUUUGGUUGCAGUUAAACUUAUCAUAAAUCUACAGUUUCCGUGGUUUGAUGAUCUAUAGCUACUUAUUGCUAAAAACAAAACAAAAAAAGCAUAGGAUUGUACCAAAGUUAAACCGUAUCAAUUGCAUAAUAUGUUUUUAACUAUAUUUAAAAAAGGUAUUUUCUAAUUAUGCACUUAUAAAAUAUAUACUUUAUGCAGAUAUUUUUAAGGAAAAAUAAUUAUCAUAUUGUAAUUAUUCUAAAAUUCCUUUGCCUUUGUUUAGCUUUUAGAGACAAACUACAUUAUGCAGCUGUUCAGGACUGCUUCUUUCUAAGUUUUCCCUUUGUUUCUCAGGUAAAAUACCCUCCUUUACAGUUGGAUCUUAGUGCUGGAGAGUAAGCAGAUAAAAUUUUGUGUUUUUUACCCUUCAGCCCUAAGCAGCAGUGACCACAAUCAUUAUAGCAGCCUGACCUUCCAAGGAAGUGCCUCCCAUUUUAAUUUAAAUACAAGCCCCUACACUGAAGCACCUCAGGUGAGCUUAGUAUCUGACACUGCUUACAUUCUACCAUUUAAUGGGAAACUACAGUACAACUACCCUUACAUACCCAGCCUGAACCUGAACGUGCGGCCUUGCUGGGGGUUCACUUUAACCUCUACCAACCUUUGGACUCAAGGGUUAUUGUUUUUAUGUCAUCAUGAAUGGAAGUCAGCAUACUGUGGACAUUCCACAUAACAGGAAAUGGUACAAAAAAGUAGAUAUUUGCUCUGCAGUUGAUUCAGUUUUGCCACCAAAUGGGUUGUAUUAUUAUGGAAAUUAUUAUUCCCUGAGGAUAUUGGACAUCUUUUUUCUAUGUUAUAAACAGUGUUUGAAGAGUAGGGCAGGCACUCUAUUUUCUGUGCACCAGUUGUUAAACACAGAAAAAGAGGAGCAGUCAUAUUUGGAAGCUAUAUAACUUUGCACUACUGUUUGAACCAAAAGUCUUUAUACAAUAGCUUCUUUAUGCUUUGCUGUGUUAAAGACUUUCAAGUUUACCUGACUGGUCUGGGCUAAAUUCUUACAGUAUUGAAUUCAUUACAAGAAAAGGCAUUGAGCCCAUUUAGGUUCUCAUGGAAGUCAAAUGGGAAAAUUCCCAUAGAGUUAAAAGAGAGCAGGAUUUUUACACAUUAUUACAUUUCUCAACAAAAACGUGACUCAAACCUAGUGAAAUGCAUGCUGUAAAAUAAUACGACUGUAUCUAGUUUCCUUCUGGUAACAAAGUAAAGAGUUGUGUGUGUAUUUUAGAAAAAAAUAUAAAACAUAACUGUUUCCCACUGUUUCAGUAAGAGCCAGUAAGAAUUACAUUCCAUUUUGCAUAAGUUAACGCUGGCUUUGUAUUGACAAGUCUAAAUUUUUUAAAAUUUUGAAGUAUUAAAUUCACAGUUGUAGAAAGGUGCUGAAUGUAAAAAGGCAAAAUGUAAAGGAAUUAGCUCUGUAAUGGCUAUAUAUUCUAAUUUAUACCAUCGUGAAAAAAUGUACUAUAGCUCAAAAGUAAGAUAAACAAUUUACUAGGAUUUAAAGGCAGAAAUGUUGAAAAUAAUCAUUAGAACUCAUGUGAACUUAACCUAAUAACCCACAAUGGAUUCUUUAUACUGUAGCACUAAUUGCUACAAGUACAGAGUUUUUCAUUUCCUGGCAUUGUGUUUUUGAAAAAGCUCUGUAGCAGCGGACUGCAUAUAUUUAAAAACCAAAUCCUAGCAAAAAGCAAAUCCAAAAAAGUAACAUUAUCUGAUAUUUCUAUUUUGCUACACCGUCCUUUUUUCAUAUUUGAAACAUUUAUAUAAUUGAAUGGACACAUAUGUUAGAAACAAAAGUGUGUUUCAAAGGAAAACUAGUUUAGAAGACAAUUUAUGUAAAUACAAGGUGCUUGUAUUUAUGAAGUCUACAAUUAUUUUCUGAAAUUAAUGCUGGGUCACUUUGUCUUUUGAUAGCUUUUCAGUCUAUAUGAAAUUGCAGCUAUUUUUAAUGUUUUUAUUAUUGAUAAUUUUCAUAGUUGUCACAUGUUUAUCUAGUAAUCUAGAAGGUAUGUUUAGCCCAGAAGUGCAGCACCUUUUUCAGAAAUGGACUUGCCUUAUUUUCUAAUAUUAAAAAAUAAAAAUAAAAAAAUAUUUCAGUUAAAUUAUAUUUGCACUCAGAGUAAUCCCAGAAAAUAAAUCACCAGACCUUUUUGCAUACAUUAAAAACCAUAUAGGGAAUAUUAACUAAAGUUCCUACUAAUUAUAUUUUAUUAUAAGUCCCUUAAGAUAUUACAUUACACCUAGCACAGCACAUCAAUUUGCAUUCAGUUUUUAAAAUUUAAAAGUAACAAAGGAAAAAAACAUUUUAUGAUGUUGUUCUGUUUACAUUUCUUAGAGGUUUUUUUAAAGAGGAAAUUAUUUGUAACUUUAAAAUGAAUGAAACUACAUUUGUAAGUUGAUAUGGAAAUUUAAUAUUAAAGUAAAAUAUAUAUGCACAUAUCUAUUGCUUAAAACUACUGACAGUAUGGGUCAGACUCAUAAAAGCACUAGGCAUUAUUUACGCAAGUUUUACACCGUUAGUUCAGAAAAAAGUGCGACACACCAUGUAAUGUAUCUAGUCUGUGAUUCUGCAAAUGUCCUUUCCCUGCACAUAAGUGACAUUUGUUUUAAAUGUUAACCACACCUUUGACUGGUGCUCAAGCCAAAACAAAUAUAAUGCCUCCUAGGGCAUUAAGAAGCGUUCCCAAAAACACUGUUGCAUAAGUUUGGUCUGGUUUUGGACAUCAUUGGCCCAUAUGGCAGCAAUCUACAUAAAUUUGCCUGUUCUUAUUUAAAAAUGCAAACUUUACCUUACGUUCCAUUUUAUGAUAUAUAUAUAUAUAUAUAUACACACACACACACACACAUCUGAUAUGAUAUACACACACUAUAUAUGUUAAUAUGUGAAAUCCACUGAAACCAUUGAGUUUUUCACGGUUUCCACCCAAACCAUUGUUCAGCACAGGCUUAUUUAAAACUCAUCUGAUGACUGAAGAAGGAUUGCAGAACUUGAAGAGAACCUGGUAGAAUUUCAAGUUGAUAUCCAAAGUUUUGAUUGGCUGCAGAUUUCAUAAGGAAGUUUUGUAUAGCUCUACUUGUACAGCUCUCAGCCACAGAGGACCAAGCUUAUACUGGGUAGAUAUAAUACUUCCCCAAUAGAAUAUUAUAUUGCUAGUUUAAAAAAGUGUAGUAGUUACAAUGGGGUCAAAAGUUGUCCUUACCAUAAAUUGCUAAAUGUAGAUCUGUAUCAUUUUUAAGGGCUGCAGUCUGGCAGAACUUGCACAUGUUGUGCAGUUCACUCUAUUCUUGAGAAAGGAAUACUGUACUUGACACUGCAUCUUGCACAUUAAACAAGGACUUGCUUGAAUUGUUCUUAGCUCUUUCCAUGUUCAAACCUCUGAAAGUUCAGGAAUUCUACCACCUGUUAGUAAAUCAAAUCACUAUUUAAGAAAGGAAGCAGUAGAGACAUAAUCCCACCUUUUAUGUGCCAUAUUGCGUUUGUGCAUCUUACAUACUCAAAUGAGUAUUCCUGAGCCACAUCUCUUCUGCUACACAUAUAUUCCCUCUACUGUAAGAUGAAAAAACAAAUUCCCCCAAAAUGCUUUGUGUUUGCAUAUUCCAAAACAUGUAUUCUUCUGUGCACAGAAAGGAGUGUUAUGCAUGUCUGCUGGUAAAUUCUACUGAGAGAGUGAGUCUCUCUGGGUGCCACUCAAUCCUCAUUGAAGUCAAUGGAAAGACUUCACUGGAGUGAGAUCAGGCCCUCAAUACACUUAACUUCCAUUAGUACUCUUUUAUACAUAUGCCACAAAAUAUGAACAUAUUCUUUUACAAUUUACCUUAAAUUCCACACACUUACCAUGUACCACUCUGUGUGAUUCUGUUUUGGAGUCAGACAUGUAGGGUAAUGUGUCUCCAGAUGCCAAAAAAAUCCAAAACAGUACAAAUGAGGGGAAAAAACCAAAACUCAUGCACUUGUGUUUUUUAAUCAGUGAAUAAUGCCCAACUAUGUGUUUGUAUAUUAUCUUUAAAAUAUUUUUGGUGAUAUCAGAGCCUGGGUUUUAAUGAAUACAUUCUGAACACUGUAGCAAACUUAUAUGUUGAAGAUGAUUUUGUUAAGUUCUCUAAUGUUUACCUGUUUAUUACCAAUUGACCAGUGUCAACCUGAAGCAUAUCUAUACUACAUGACAUAACGGGGUAUGAAAGUUAUUUCCUAUUUUAGGGUGUUUUUUUACUCUGAGGUGUCAAAUAUGUUUGUUUGAAUUAUGGGGAAUGAUGUCUUCUUUUAUGGAUGACUUUAAAAUACAAUAACUGAAAAAGAUUGUAUACUGUUUAUUGGUUAUGCCAUUUAGUUAAAAGGUAACAAUAAAAUGCAAUCAUUGAACACAUUAAAAUGGGUCCAUAUUAAACAGAUUCAAUAUCUUGAGUCAACCAGAGACAUUUCAUGAUACAGAUAUUAUAAAUUAGCUAGUCAGCCAUUGCUGAUAUUUUCCAAAUCAUUUACUUCACUCUGUCACAAAAUGGCCAUAUUGAAAUAGAAACUUGACAGGACUUUUACUUUAAAAAUAGUCUAUUGUGCAUUAUGCAACUUAAUGAUACUGCUAUAGCAUACUGAAAUGACUUAACAGAAUAAAGAGAGGAGAUAGCCCUGAAUUUCUCAAGUAUCUCACUGCACUUUUAAGUAUGCAGGAAUGAAUAGGAUCAGCCCUGCUGAUAUUUCACAUAAGUCAUAAAAUAACCUAGUAAAUUUUGCAUCCGUAGUAGGGAAAAGAUAUACCGAGGGAUAGUUAAAGCCACUGGUUUAUUUGAUGACAUAAAUUGCUGGCACUUGUUUUAUUAUAGUGCAAUUGUAAUUAUUGUAAAAGAAAAAAACUACACAGGUUUACUGGGUUAGAGAUUUAACACAUUAAAUAAAUGAAAACAUCUCAAUGCCUGUUGUAAAUCUAAAGUCUAGGGUUGUUUCAGUUUUGCACUGUGGUUCUUAGCUUCCUAGCACAAGACAAGCCCGAAUUCCAGUCACUCUCAGAUAUUUUGUCCUUUGUCUCAAACUGCCAGCACCACACUGUCUUCCUCAACGCCAGUUACUUUCCUCUGUUGUCAGUUAAGAAGCUUUCUGUGAGAACUGUAGCAUCACAACCAGUUUUGUUUUUUUUAACCUCCCCCUACAGAUAUUAGCUUAUACGUGCAUAUCCUUUGUGUAGCCUUUAAUUUGCCCUCCUUCCCUUCACUCUUCACCAAAGCAGCUCCUCGCAGUAUCCUUUGCACAAUUUAACUAUGGAGUCACUAUGGUGGCUCUAUAAUUUAAUUUAAAAUUUGCUCAGUUCACUGGCCUCAAAAGUACUUGAUAAAGCAAAGCAGACGUUAUCUGGAGAAGAUUAUAAUAAUACUAGACAAAACAUUUUUCAGAAAUUCUUUAACUGUUGCAAUACUGAAAUGGGAAGAGAAUUGCUACUGUGAACUGAUAUAAAACAGAGGGCAAUCUGGUACUACACUCUAAACAUAUACUGUCCUUAGAGUAGUAUAUACUGUAUUGCAAAAAAAAAAAAAAAAAAAGAAAGAAAA